UUACAUCAUGGCCGCAGCCAUUCUGAUUUCAGUAGUCACCAGUCGUCGCAGAGUGAUCACAGAUGUGGUUUAUAGUAUAACACGGAGAGUUAUUCGACACAAGCUCAUGUGCUUACAAUUUUAUUUUUAACGAUAUCACGGUAGCCAAGUAUUGAAGGAAAGAAGAACGAUAUCACGGUGAAAUUAUUUAUAAUUUGUAAUAAUAUAUUGUCGCACGUGAACAAUGUCUAUAGAAAUCGUGCCGAAAGAUUUACGUGGACUUAGAGCAUGUUUAGUAUGCUCCUUAAUUAAGACCUUUGACCAGUUUGAAUUUGAUGGUUGUGAUAACUGCGAUGAAUUUCUAAGGAUGAAAAACAAUAAAGACAAUGUUUUUGAUUGUACGAGUUCCAAUUUUGAUGGAAUGAUUGCAGUAAUGAGUGCAGAAGAUAGCUGGGUUUGCAAGUGGCAAAGAAUAAAUCGCUUUUGUAAAGGUGUCUAUGCCAUAUCUGUAUCAGGACGAUUGCCAGCUGGUGUCAUCAGAGAACUAAAGAGUAGAGGGAUAGCGUAUAGACCUCGUGACACAAGUCAACGAUAAAUUGUCAUUUAUUUAAAUUUGCAAACUUAUAUAAAUUUGUAAAUUUAUAUAAAAUAAGUUAUAAAUAAUAGAAUUUAGUGAUUAAUUAUAAAUAAUAGAAUUGUAUUAUUGUUA